AUGAACAUAAAUAACUAAUUACUAAAGAUGGUGUAAGAUGUAAAUAAUUAAAUAUUCAAUUAUCAGAUAUAAGUGGUUAUCAAAAGUGAAUUUGAAAUCAAACCAAAUUUGGAUGACAUAGUGAAGAUUUUGAAGUAAUAGGUGGCCAUUUUGAUUGAAUUAGUACAACAAUAAAAAGGUGUAGACUAUGAUCAAUUAGAAAAAGCAGUCUAAAAGGCAGAAGCUGAGAUUCGAAAUCAUGUUAGAGUAUGUUCAUAAGUAAUCUAUUAGUUGGAGUAACAAAUGAAGUUAUAUUCGGAUAGUUUAUAAGAAAAGAUUGAUUAAUUAGAAAAGGAGAAGUUAGAAUUGGCAGAGAAAGUAUGAAAUGAUUGUUAAUUUUAAAGAACAAAAAUAUAUUAGCAGUUUAGGAACGAAAGAUCUCUUCUCAAAAUUAAACAAGAGAAUCAAGUCCUAGUUUGUUUAAAAAAUCAUACAUUUUAGGAAAUCAAGUGUAUAAUAGAUAGUAAGUUAAUCAAUAAGAGGGUUGUGUAUCAGUAACUUAGAAUUGUGAUAAUCAAUAAACAAGAGAGAGAAGAAGUUCUGGGACUUAACAUUCAUAUAUGAUGAUGAAGAAUAUGUAAGAACAUUAAAUAUUGGAUAGUCGUGAUAAAGUAAAUAUGAAUGCUUCAUAGGAGAAGGUUAGUGAUAAAAGUUCUACUAUAUUGAAAUCUUAAAAUAGCACUUCAUUAUUGAAGAUGUACAACAUUUAGAAACUCAUCAUUAAAAAUUAACAGGAUAAAUAAUUGCAACAACUCAAGAAGUAAUGUAUGUUAACUUAUUGAACUUAGCAAAACAAUAAAUUAGAUUUUAGAUGACUCUUAGGCUACUAAAAAGAAACCCUGA